AUGAGUUCCAUCUCAAAUUUAGAAUUAUUACCAGAUGAGAUUCUAUUAGAAAUAUGUAAGUAUCUUUUAUGCGUCGAUGUUUUACUAAGUUUUAAUAAUCUGAAUACACGUAUGACGUGUAUGAUAAAUGAUUAUUAUCAUCAUGUAUCAUUACACAAAGCAUCCUAUAUGCAAUUUUCUGAGUUAUGUUCCACAAUUCUUCCAAAGAUUGGCGCACGCAUUCAAACAUUAAUAAUCGAUAAUUGUUAUUCAGCUUUACAAGCAAUUACAUUUCCAAAAUAUUUCCAAAAUUCUAUGGCCGAAUGUUUUCCUCAAUUACAAAAAAUAACUCUUAUUUCAUUUCGUCCUGAUCCAUUAUUGGUAUUUCUUAAAAUUUUGCAUAACUUAGAAAAAUUACAUACAAUUGAUACACGCAGUUUAUUUCGUGUGCCAACAAAUCAACAAACUGAAGUUCUAUUAGCAUUAUUACAAGCUAAUAAUAAUCGUUUAAGGUCUGUUUAUAUUGAUGACCAAUCAAGUCCUUUAAAUCCAAUAAAAAAGUAUUUACCAAAACAAAUAACAUGUCCAAAUAUAAUCGAUUUAAAAAUUGAAAUCUCAACCGUAUGUGAUUUAUCUGUUCUACUUUUAAUCCUUCCCAAUAUAAUUACUUUAUCCGUAUCAAUACAUAAAAAAGACAAUUUAGAUAAUAUUAAUCGAAUAUUCUCACCAUAUAAAUUAAAUUUUUUAACAAAAUUCCAAUUAAAAUCUGUUGAACGAUCAUGGCGUUUACAUGAAUUAACUUUUUUAUUUGAAAAAUUACCUGCAAUUAAAUAUCUAUCAUUAAAUUUACGAACAUCCGAUUCAACAUUAACAAAUGGACAAAUUUUAAAAACAUGUUUACCAAAUACAAUUGAAGAAUUUCAUUAUGCUAUACAUUAUUUGCCCGAACAAACAAUUGACUAUUUCGAAAUAUUAGAGACAUGGAAAUAUAAAUGUCCAAUAAUAUGUUUGUAUAAUCAUAUGCAAAAUGAUUAUAUGUAUUUACAUACAUUACCGUAUUCAUCAUUUAAUUAUUUAGAAAUAUCAUCUUCUGUUGCUGAAUCAAUAUUAAAAAAUAAAAAUUCCUAUGAAAAUAUUCAAAGAAUACAUGUUGAUUGUGAUUUUACAUUAGCCGAAGCAUUUCCGAUACUUAGUUAUUGCAGACGAGUAAAGCAUAGCAUGAUUUGGUUGCAUGGAACAGAUACAAAUAAUCAGUUUAAUGGAAAUUCGGUUGCAAAACAAGCUCAACAAGAAAAAAACUACCCUCUACCUAUAAUGUUACGUCUUCUUCGACUUACUCUGGUUGGUAGUGUACCAAAAGAUCUUCAUCGUAUGACACAAAUUGUUCUUGCUGCUCCGAAUCUCUUUCGCUUGGAUUUAAAUUAUACCACAUUGUUAUUUUUACUCGAUCAUAAAGAUGCUUGUUUAAUACUUCAACGGCGAAUAACUGCCCUAUCAAUCAAUAAUAUGCCACAUUGUUCAAUAAAUGGACGACAACAUAUUUCUUGUAUUGCGUCCAUAUUUUUACAUCUUCGUCAUUUAUACAUUGAUAUGAGAGCGUUGGAUAAGACUAUUGAUUUAAUGGUUUUAUGUUAUUUUGAUGAAUUUAGUAAGCAAAACGCACCACUUAUUUCACUCUGUGCCGAUGGUCGACCAUCGAAUGAAAUGAAAAAUGAUGCAGAAAAGUGGUUAAUAGAUCAUCGAAAUCAUCUUCAACAUAAACAAUUUACAGCGUAUUUCAAUGAAAAAGCAGAUAGAUUACUCAUUUGGAUGUGA